AUGACGGUCCCUUCCGGCACCGAGAUCUCUUUCGACCUCAAGUGUGGCGGCAAUAAUCAGAUACGACCCGAUAACGAGGCUACUGCGUUAUCCACUUUCGACUUCACUCUCGCCGACCCGGCCUUCGGACCGGUAUACGUGGACGGCGCAGAACCCGGCGAUGUGCUCAAGAUCGAUAUCCUGGAUCUGACUCCCGCCGACUACGGCUGGUCUGCCAUACUCUCAGGCUUCGGCCUGCUCGCUGAUGAGUUCCCCGAGCAACAUGUCAAGAUCUGGGAUCUGUCAGAAUCCGCACUUUUGACCACCGCGAGCGGUCUGCGCCGCGCCGUCUUCAAGCCGGGCAUCUCCGUCCCGGUACGGCCAUUCCUUGGCGUAAUAGGCAUCGCCCCUGCCGAGCCCGGCGAGUUUAGCACAAUUCCACCGUAUGCAGCGUCAGGGGGGAACAUGGAUACAAGAUAUCUCGGCAUCGGAACCACGCUGUACAUGCCCAUCCAGGUGGCCGGGGCUCUGUUCAGUUGCGGCGACGGACAUGCGGCGCAGGGGGACGGCGAAGUAUGUGGCACGGCGAUCGAGACGCCCAUGAAGGCACGGUUGCGGCUGACUGUCGAGAAGAAGGCGGACCGACCAAAGGGCUGGGUCAUGAGCAGUCCGCACUAUGUGACGGGGCCGAGGGUAGGCGAGGCCGAAGAGGAUCAGGGGACCUAUGCGGCGCUGGGUAUUCAUGCUGACCCAAGAGAGGCGGCGAGGAUGGCGCUUCGGGGCUUGAUCGAUUGGCUUGAGGUCGAGAAGGGACUGACGAGGCCCGAGGGCUACAUGCUUGCGUCGGUGUCGGCAAGUCUCAAGAUGACUGAGGUCGUGGAUAUGCCGAAUUACGCAGUGGCUUGCUCGAUUCCCCUGAGCACGUUUGUGGAGUGA